AUGGCCGCCAAUCCGUGGGACAUGACCGCCACCAUCAAGCAAUCCCCCCCCGUCGACGUCUCGCAGCCCUACGAUGCAUCCACCAUGGACAACAAGACAAUCCUCGUCACCGGCGGAGCCAACGGCCUGGGCUCCCACAUGGUGCGCGCGUGGGCAUCCCGCGGCGCCAACAUCAUCAUCGGCGACGUCGACGACCGCGCUGGCGAAGCCCUCGUCGCCGACUUGCGCUCCCUCUACCCGUCGCGCGCCUUUGCCCACGUCCACUGCGACGUGACCAGCUGGGACGACCAAACCCGGCUCUUUGAAGCGGCCGUCCGCUCGUCGCCCUCGUCCACCGUCGACAUUGUCGUCCCCAACGCCGGCAUCAUCCAGGCAUCCGACAGCUUCGCCUUCGAGAACCCCCGCCCCCCGCGCGACGGCGGCAAGCUUCCCAAGCCGUCCACCAAGACCAUCGACGUCAACGUCACCGGCGUCAUUUACACCACCCACCUCGCCCUGUCCCACUUCUCCUCCUCCCCGAAUGCCGCGCGCGACAAGCGCGACAGGUGCCUCCUGCUCGUCGGCUCCGUCGCCUCGAUAUACCCGCUGGCCGGGCAGGCCCAUUACACCAUGUCCAAGCACGCCGUCUGCGGCCUCUUCCGCUCGCUGCGCAUGACGGCGCCCCUGCACCACCGCGGCGUGCGCGUCAACAUGCUGGCCCCGUACUUUGUCGAGCGGAGCCGCAUGCUGCCCAAGGCUGCGGACAUUGCCUUUUUGGCCGGCACGGCUGGCGGCGCCACCGUCGCCGACGUGGUCGACGCCGCCACGCGCCUUGUUGCCGACGAGUCCAUCUCGGGUCGCUGCUUGGCCGUCGGGCCCCGUCUGCGCCACGCACCCCCGGGGGAGCUUCCUGUCGCGCCGCACGAAGGCGCCGGCCAGGGCAGGGCCGCGUGGGAGGUGUACGCCCACGAUUACGAAGAGGUCGACGCCUUUACGCGCCGCUACAUUCGCUGCAUGAACGCCGUGACGCAGCUUCGCGGCGUUCUGGGAUGGCUUGUAGACGUCUGCCGCAAGCUGUUGGGGAGCUGA